AUGACUCUAAUAUCAAUGUUUACGAACCCUUCAAUAACAGAACUGUGGCGACUUGAUGUGUUAGAGAUAAAAGGACCUACAGAGAGGAAAACGUUAAUUGAAAAAGUCCUAGCAGGAAAAGAGUCGUUUUGUGAGACAGUAAUAGUGAAUGAAGAGGGUAGAUAUGAGGUCAGAUUGCCUUGGUUAGAGGGGCACCCUCCCCUGUCUACAAAUUACCACAUAGCCAACCGCAAACUUCAAACCGCGGUGAAACAACUAAAGAAAAAUGGGUUGAUGUCUAGAUAUAAAACAGUAUUUGAAGAAUGGGAGCGAUUAAAUAUAAUUGAAAAAACUACGAGAGGUGAUUUUCUGUCCCAUAGACCGGUUGUUAAAAAAGGCUCUACUACGGCUGUUAGACCCGUGUUUGAUGCUUCUUCUCAUGGAAAAGAUGAACCAUCGCUGAACCAAUGUUUGGAGAAGAGGGAAAAUUUGAUUGAGCUGAUACCUGCGGUGUUGGUCAGAUUUAGAGAAUAUGCGAUAGGUGUAAUAGCUGACAUAAAACAGGCGUUUCUGCAGAUAAGUGUGAAUCCGAGAGACCGUCAGUUUUUGAAAUUCUUGUGGAUUAAUGGUGAGGAUUAA